AUGGAGAUGUGGUAUGCAGCUGAGACAUCCCUAGAUGUGGUCACCAUUAGAGCUUUUAACACGGUAGACAUAUUCUUCUGCAAUUUCCUGAAACUUGUGGACGCAGAUGCGAAACUUUUUUUCCAUUCCAACGGACUAAUGGAGUGGCCAGUUUUGAGAGUAGAAGCACUUCAGAACCUGACGCUGCUCACUGCUGCUCUUCUUCUGGUUCUACUCGCUAAGGGAUAUGUGCCUCCAGGGCUUGUGGGCCUAUCUCUUUCUUAUGCCUUUACUUUGACGGGUGCACAUGUUCUUGUGACCCGGUGGCAUUGCUACUUUUCAAAUUACAUCAUCUCGGUCGAGCGGAUCAAACAGUUCAUGCACAUGCCAUCUGAGCCUGAAGGGGUCUUGGAGAAUCAUAGGCCACCGUCUUCAUGGCCAUCAAAGGUUCAGAUUGAGCUGGAAGAACUAGAGAUACGGUACCGUCCCAACACACCGCUUGUGCUGAAGGGAAUCACUUGCACAUUCAAAGAAGGAAGCAGAGUCGGCGUUGUCGGAAGAACAGGAAGUGGGAAAUUGACUCUGAUCAGUCCAUUAUUUCGAUUAGUUGAGCCAGCAAGCCGGAAUAUCUACAUUGACGGGCUAGAUAUUACUUCCAUUGGAUUGAAGGACUUGAGAAUGAAGCUCAGCAUCAUCCCUCAAGAGUCCACUUUGUUCAGAGGCAGUGUUAGGACUAACAUUGACCUUUUUGGGCUUUACUCUGACCAUGAGAUUUGGACGGUAAUAUGCACAAAAGAAAAAUGUCAGCUCAAGGCCACAAUUAGCAGCCUUCCGGAUCAGCUCGAUUCUUCCGGUGAUGAUGAAGGAGAGAAUUGGAGUGCUGGGCAGAGGCAGCUAAUAUGCUUGGGACGAGUUCUAUUGAGGAGGAACAGAAUCCUAGCUCUUGAUGAAGCCACUGCUUCGAUUGAUUCAGCAACUGAUGCUGUUCUUCAGAGGAUAAUCAGGCAAGAGUUCUCAGAUUGCACUGUGAUCACUGUGGCUCACAGAGUCCCCACUGUCAUAGAUAGUGACACGGUCAUGGUCCUCUCUUACGGUAAGUAUAUGGAGUAUGAGGAGCCCACAAGUACGAUGGAGACCAACUCCUACUUCUACAAGCUGCUAGCUGAAUACUGGUCAAGUUGCAGGAGAAGCUUCUACCACAAUUUUGGCAAAUAUCACUGCUAA